AUGGGCAUCGAACGCAGAGGGGCCGUUGGCCGCAAGCAGCGCACGUACACAACGGGCCUACCCCAGGGCUACUUCGCACAAGUACGUGAGCAGCACGCCCAAGAUGGACCGACAAAGAGGGUGCCUCCGCCCAACACCCAGGUUAGCAUGCGGACGCUGAUGAACAAGCUUGAACAGGAGUGGAUCAAGACGCUCGAGGCUCCCGACGCAAAGGCAUUCUUCAACUGGCUGAGGGUGACCCACGGGACAUCCAUCAAGAGAGAGUCAGUCCCGCAUAGCUACUGGCGUCGUAUAAUGGUGUUCUACCGAAAUACUGAGCACCGAUCGGUAGACAAGGCGAUACAGGAGGAUGUCGAAGCUCUAAGCAAGGACUGGGGGCUCCUUCCGCCAAAGCCAAAGGAGCCGGCGAGCAAGAAGGUGAUAUACAGUAUACUCGUCACCAACUGGGCACGAUGCGAGAAAGUAUACGCCGACGAGAGGCAGCGGCUGCAGGUAUCAGCAGGUAUCCUCCUCGGUUGCAUCUCCUCAUCCCGUAUAGUGUCCCUUUUCGACACUCGCAAAGGUGAGUCCUCCGCGCAAACGCAGCAGGUGCAGUCACGGCUCGACGAAUGCGCACCCCAAGCCAAGACGCAGAAAGUCUUUGAUCCCUCGAGCCCGGUCGCUAAUGGCUUAGAUCCCCCCGUCGGGACAGGGCUCGAGCCAGCUGACCUUACUUCCGAUGUCUCCGGCGAGGGAGACUUCAACCUGGCGGACCUCGCUCCCGACGGAAGCGUGACCGACGACGGCUUCAACGCGGGCCCAGAGGAGACGGGGCCAUCGUGUGGAGACAUAUCUCGUUCUAUAUCGUCCGCAACCCCGAGCCCUGUCGACCAAACAUACUCGUCGCGAAGGUAA